AUGACUGCCGGAAAAACCAAAUACAACGGUGUGCUCCUGAAUGCAACAACCAAAGCUGUAGAGGGCGUUCUCCUCACCUUAAUCUCAGGUCGACUGGGCGUUCAAGAAUGUCUAACCAACGCACACUGCGCUGACAACGCAUUCGCCUAUUGCAUAGAAGACCACUGUGGAGGGUUCCUGGUCUCUGCCGCCGCGGCAGGGAGUGUCGAUCAAGCACUCAAAGUUAUUCCAGUCGCUGCUAAUUUCAGCUGCGGCGCCGAAGCUGCCCUCGACCCGGAGUAUGUGAAAGCCAGCGCCCUUCCCUGCAUUGCCGAUGUAAACAACGACGGAGUCUGCGACAUCAACCUGGGUGUAAAUCGAGCUCUCGGAUUGUCCGAGCAAUGCGCUGUGUGCAAAAUUCCGCCGUUGACGUAUAUCGACUUGAUUUUCAACGAAAACAUCAAAUUUGGACGGCCAGGAGCAGCGAUCUUGAUCGCUGUCACCACGCGGAAAACUGGGAGGACGACUAGCGGUACAGACCCCAGCGCGUCCACUCUGCAGUACCUGAUUACACUCCCAAACAACGCGUCGAAUCUGAGGAAAAUCUCAGCGCCAUUCUUGCCCGCAGCAGCGUCUGCUUCCUCGCGCCUCACGAUUCAUGCCGUAGGACUGGGAGAAGAGCGAAGAAGAACCGAGGCGAAGCCCUCAUCGUCGGCAUUCAGCAAACGCGGAAGAGACAACGCAGAAGAAGAUUCACACAGAGAUCAAGCUUCUCUCUUUACCGGGUUCGGAACCACCCCAGGAGGGGCUCAGCAGGGGGGAAACGGGGGUACUGGCCUCAGUUCGACGAGUCACAGUAAUAAAUGGACAGUUGAAAUCAUCGGGCAAAAACUCCGAAUCACUCCCGACAAAGACGCCACCUCACUCCCCCUGGGCGACUACCGCAUAGGCAUCGAAUUUGGAUUUGUCACCGAUCUCAUCGGAAAUAUGAACAAGGGAGAAAGCAACCUCACAUUCACACUCGCCACGGAUGCCAACUGCCCCUUCCUUUAUGUCACAGGAUUCACGACUGAGAACGGAAACUGCAAUGGUCUGUACAUGCCUGCCGAUCCGAUGAACGAUCAAGCUAGCUGGCAAGGAGGCGAGAAGAAUGCGUUUUUCAUUUACUGGAAGAAAGAGGUCCGUGAAGGGGGAAAAGUUCAGCAAGGAGGGAACUGGAUCAUCGACACAAACUACGACGAGUCCUCUUUCUUAGCCUUCGCAGAUCUGACGGAACACGCUGACAAAAAAGGAGGAAAAAGCAGAGCACACCCCCCUUCAGGUUUGUGGCACAAGUGGACGGGCUCCAAUCGCAGGCCGCAGCCGCACAUCUCGAUGUUCUGUUCCUCUCUUCCGGAUCGUUCGCCUGCGUCUCUGACGUCCGUGGACCCGCUGAUUGGAAGUUCGCUUCCACUGUCAGCUUCUUCGCUGCUUCCGCUGCGCCCCAUCACACUCACCUUCAACAAGCCCAUGAACUUUGGACACUGGGCAACGAUCAAACUGAUCUCGCGAAGUGCAGAGAAGCGCGCAGACGGCGGCCGCGGAGCCGCCGGAGACAAAGCAGGCGACAAGCGUCGCGACGAAAAAGGCGUCAUCGUUUGGGUCCCGGAUAUCGAGGGAAACAUGCGCGGCGAAACAAUCAAAAUCUUCAACCGGCCGGCCCAGGAGGUUCUUGCUCGCUCUCUUGUAGCUCUCCGGCCUCUCUCGCCUGUUCUGUCUCUCGCGUCGCUCGAGCAACGCGGCGAAGCACUGGCUGCAAGCUCUCCGGCAAACUCGAACGCUUCGGCACGCUCCUGGACCCUUCUGAGGGCGUCUGCGAGUCGCCGCCUUCAAGCGAAUGCAGCCGAAGUUCCGCCGCCUUCUCUGGCGCAGAAGUCUCCAGAAAAACUCGUGGGCGUCGUCGAACUUCACGUGACCGAGCCUCUGAUUCCCGGAGAAACGUACGACCUGGUCGCGGAACUCGGCAGCCUCACAGACUUGGCCUACAACCCCUGGGGUCCAGUCGAAAAAGGCACGAUAGUCUUCCACACCACUGGCGGCCGAUGCGCCUCAACGAUUCGUGACGACAACCUGGUUUUCCUUCCUUCUUCUCUUUCUUCUUCGCCUUCGGCUUCUGCUGCGUUCUUCGGUUCUAGCGGCGAGAAGGAAGGCAGUGAGGGAAUCGAAGAGGGGGGAUUCUUCCUCGCAGAGAAGGGACGCGAAGUCACGGGCCUUCGCAAGGGCGCUGAGAAAGACGGGGCGGACGACGGAACGCAGGUGCGCGUGGUGUGUCGCCAAGGCUUCUCCGUGCAUGCGUCUCUGAAAGGGUCGAAGGAGGCCGAGGAGACGGUGCUCACCUGCGAAGACGGUCGAUGGAAAAGCUUCAAGGCGCUGCCCAGGUGCUUUGCGAGUUGCGGACCUUUUCCGCUUCUCCCCGGCGGCGCCUACAGCAUGGGCGGAGACGUUGGAGGCCUGGGGAUCGAGGGCGAGACGCUUGAGAUCCGGUGCGCGGAGUCGGCAGACAUCUUGAGCCCUGUCUCGCGACAAACGGUCCAGUGCAGAGCCGGCAAAUGGGACGCGCUGCAGGUCAAGUGUGGAGCAACAUGCGCGCCUCUCGGACCCGCGCUCGGCCCCAGAUAUCGUGUGUUCAUGGAGGACAAGUUUGGAGUGCUGGGCGGCGGGGGCCGAGAUCCGCGGGGAGGAGGGAGGGCACCCGAAAACCGCGAGGCCAAGGAAGGCGAAAGAAGACUCGUUACCUGCGCGCCAGGAACAAGCAAACACGCAGGGCAGAAGAAGCGGGAGUCAUCUCGAGGGAGAAGCGACGGAGAAGACGCGGGCGAAGAGGCUCUCUGCGGGAAGGACGGGUGGAGCAAAGUGCGCAUGCAGUGCUUCGCCGACUGUCCGGCAGAACAACUCGCGGCUGUCCUCGCGCAGCACGGCCCGGGCCUCCAGUGGACUGCCCACGGCGACGAAGAGAAAAAGAACGAUGGAGAUCCCGGAAAACACGGUGAACUUCGAACCGUCUCCUGUGCACCUGGUUUCCUUCCUUCCACAGCUCGCUCUUCCUUCACCACCACGUGUGACGACGGCAAAUGGCAGCCGCUGGCACCCUCGUCUUUCCCACCGUCACCCCUCUGCGUGGCACGGUGUCCGACGCUGAACCUGCCGGCGAACGCGUACGUCGUCUCCGCGCUGCCUGACGCGAUUGGGCCUGACGGGGCUUUGCAGCAGAGACUCGAGGUGUCUUGUGCGGAGCAUGCAGUUUCGGUCAGCUCCGAGCAGCACCAGGCGUUGGUCUGCAGCCGCGAAGGCGUCUGGAGCCUCCUGACCGUUCAGUGUCAGGCGCCGUGUGCCUUUCCGCUGCUUCAGUUGGGUGAUCGCUACGAGCUGCGCGAGCAAGAGGACCGCGGACCCGACAGUGUCUCGCAGCGGUCGUCAGGUGUAUCCACAGCUCCGCGGGGCGGCCCGUCGACAGCAGACAGCGCUGGAGACGAAGUUUAUAGACACGGAACGGAGUUGAUGAUUGGCUGCGCCUCCGGUGCUGCGGCAGACGGGGGCGGGGCCGCUGCGUCUCCCCACAAAAUCGUGUGCAGUGACGGAGUGUGGAAGUCUGCGUAUCGCGUCAUAGCUGCAGCACCCGGAGCCAGCGUUGGGAGUCGUUCGGACGGACGUCCAUCCGGAGGGUCCGCUGGCACACUCAGCAGGGAGCCUUCUCGACGCGGCGAGCUGUCGGGGCAGAGUCUUGGGGGCGAAUUCACGAGCGGCGUGUCUCCUUCAUCUGUUGCUGCUGCUUUAAGACAGUCGGAAGUCGAGUUGAAGUGCAGACGCGGAUGCGGCGUCCCGGCUCUCCCACCGGAGUUGCGGCCUCUGUUCCUGACUCCUCGCGUCGCGCUUCUCCAGAGGUGGCGCCACGAACAGCAGCUCCAGGUCACCUGCGCGACGGACUUUUCUGCAGAUCUUGGUCGUCUCAGCGAGGCAGACGAAGACGCUUUCGAGACCCUCGUCUGCCGUGACGGUGCGUGGCACAGCAUCAACUCGGCAUCGACCCGAAACAUGCCAGAACGAAAUCGCCUGGCUGCACCGCCCUCAAUUCCGGGGAUGCGCCUUGCAUGCCACCGCAGCUGCGAGGCCUCGGAGAUCCGCAGGACUGCGCAGCUCUACCACUUUGAUUUGCCGACUUCCUUCACGGUCUCUUCGCCUGCCUUCCCGACUUCGUCGCUGCCUCACGCCGGGACGGUCGCCGUUUCCUGCCAGCCCGGUUUUUCCGCACUGGCUGGCCCGCCCUCCGGCGCAAGUCUCCGGUGUAUGUACGGCUCCAUCACCCUUCCGCACACGGUCUGUGGGCACCCCAGCUGUACAGACGGUGUGCAGAACGGCGACGAGACCGGUGUGGACUGCGGCGGUUCUCACUGCGCUCCCUGCGCGUCUUGCGGAGACGGGGUCCAGAACAACGGUGAGACUGGCGUCGACUGUGGAGGCCCAUGCCCCGCAUGCGUCGCUUGCUCCGCACCGAUGCCCUCGCAGUUCUUCGCUCCGGGUUCCGAGCCGGAUCUCGACGCUCUCGGCGCGCUUCUGGUCCUUCCGCCCGCGAGCCCCGCGGCCGACAGCGCCGAACAAGCCGCCUCCACGUUACGGCAGUUCCUUCCGUUCUCUGAGUUCCUCUCGCAAGUGCGUGAAGACUUUAGCAACGCGGCCGGCGGCUUUCCGUCGGGCUCUGCGAUUCACCUGCACUGCAGCCACGCGAGCGGCUCUCCGCAUUCGCCUUCGCCGGCUCUCGCCCCGCGACACUGGGCCGUGUUCAGGUGCAUCCGCGGCCAGUGGCUAGCUGGGACGGGGAGGCCCAGCGCGCAGGCUGUCGCUGCGCUUGCUGGCUCGGCUGAAGGCUCAGGCACAUAUGCGUUUUCGUGUGUGAAGCCGACAUGCUCAGAUGGCGCGAGAAACGGAGACGAAACUGGAGUCGACUGCGGCGGGAGCUGUCCCCAGGCAUGUCCGUCGUGCUUCAAUGGUCUGCGCGACGGCGACGAAGAAGACGUUGACUGUGGAGGGUCGACUUGCGAGCCCUGCGAGUUCUGCUCCCCCCGACCCCUCAAGGCGUUUCUGGGCGAUAGAGACCUUUUCGUCGUGAGACGCCAGGGACCGCACGGCAAACGGGAAAGCAGCGCAUUUGAGAAGCACGUCGACAAGCUGCUGGCCGAAGGCAUUGUCGCCUCUGCGCUGACGAAGCCCGGCGAGCAGCUCCACAUUAAAUGCAAGACACGCAGCGGGGACGACGGUCUCCUGGUUCAGUGCAGAAACGGGAUCUGGGCUCUCGCAGCCGCCUCCGCCGCCUCCAAUUCCUUCGCCUGGACCUCGUCGUUCUCCUCCUUCUUUGGCAGCACUCGUGGAGCUGGCAUGUGGUGGCCAAGGCAAGCCGCCGAAGCAAGCCAGGCCCUCACGGCCUUGCGGCUUUCCUGCCUCGCUCCACACUCCCUGGAAGCUUCUCCUGUCGAAGGUGCAGAUAUCUCUACGCUCAGUAAACCUUCGUCUUCCUCUCCUUCUUCUCUUUCUUCAUCUUCUCAGUCGUCUUCCUCUCCGUCUCUCUCUUCUUCCCCUUCGCAUCCGACUGCUCAGUUGACAUGGCGCGUGGGGGGGUCGUUGGCGGCGUUUGCAGUGCCGGACAUUGGGGUGACUCGCGAGGGGUCUGCGCAUCCGCCGUGUAUCGCCAGGGUGUUGGAAGUUUUUCAGUCUUCGCUUCGAGGCGAGUGCGGCGCGCUGGCCUUCGGCUCCUCGGCUCUGAAACUCUCUUCCUUCUGCAGCAACAGCUGCGUGCGGGGACUGAAGGCCGCGCUAGCGACGGUCCUCGGCGAGGCAGUCAUCAAGGACGAGAGACGAGGGCGAGACGAAGGCGAUAGGGGGUCUUCGGCCCCGCCAUUCUUCGGAUGCUCUUCGGCUGAGGAGGGUCUGCUGGCGAAAAAGAUCGCGACGCUCCUUCGAGAGCUGAUCAGCACGUGGUGUGCGCAGCAGAACGGGAUCUUCUGCUUCGCGGAAGCCGCCGCCUCGUUCCACUUCCUGCGGAGUAUGUACACCCAGGCCGAGACGACUCCCGCGCUCUUUCUCUCGGAGCUGAAGGGCCACUGCCCCGCAAACAGUUGCUUCCGAAGCAACGCGAAACACGUUCUGAUCCUCGCGGAACUCAGCGAGCUGGUCGACAUUCGCUUGCCCGCCUUCCCCACGGGAGGCGUUGGGAAGGAGUCUCUGAGCGGCCCCUCCUCACGGGCCCUGCGGAGCGCGGCUUAUAGUCGGAGCGCGGCGUAUAGUCGGAGCGUGAGACGGCUGCAGGAUGAAGAGCCCUCAGGGGGGGGCGGCACAGACGACGCCUGGAAAACUGCGCGAGAGACCACGGAAGCCGACCACGGAGGAACAGAACUGGCCCUCGAGGCGAUCAGCGAAACGAAAGGGGAGACGAAGCCAGAAGGACGACAGCGAGGUGAGAAGCAGGACGACGGAGCUAGCCUUGCAGGAGCUGGAGAGUUUGAAUCCGCUCAACACGCAGAGGGAAUCUACGGGGUCUCCGAAUCGCCUUUUGAAACUUAUGAUUUGUCUGCUGGCCACCCACGACGACUAUUUCCUUCGUCGUCGGCGCUCUCGCCUCCACCUGUCUCGCCCCUCGUCCGGGUGGAUCUUCGCCGGCGCAGCUCUUCGGGGGGCACUUCAAAUCCAGCGGGGUCUCCUGGGCUUCAGUCGCGAGGCACUCAAGGAUUUCUCGAAGACAUUCGAAACACGCCGGAGAUUCUGGAUUUGCUUUGCAUCGAAGUGAACGGGCAGUCGUGCGCGGAGGACGUUCUGCGCGUGGGCUUGGAGACUCCAGUCUUUGCGUCGCCGUCGGGCAACGAAGGCGCCCAGAAAAUCUGCAGGAGUGACUCGUGUUUGCUGGAGGUGACGCGCGUCUUUGGGCAGAUGCUGAUCGACCACGCGGACCGGCAAACAGAAGACUUCUUCGAAAAGCGAAUUUUUCACAUGCCGCCGGCAAGCAGACGACGAAACGAGGCUCUGGCGAGCAACGGGGCGAAACCUGGCAACCGCGGCUCCCCAAGUACCGGUGUACGCGCACCUGGCGAUGGGGCUGUGACGCCGGCGGAAAUGAACGACUUCCACCCGUACGACGUCAUUCUCGGCGUGCUGAUGAAACACUGGGGACGGACCUUCUGCCAUCGCAACAUUCGCGGCUCUCUUUGCGGAGGCUUCGUAUUUCCCUCCUCCUUGGACACAGCGCUGGCAGAGCAGAGUCGAGGCUCUUACGUUCCGACAGAAAACGAGAAAAAGUAUCGCACAUGCAGCUGCCCACAGACGCUCAUCGGAGACGGCGACUGCGAUCUCCAGUGCUUCAAUGAGGCGUGUGGAUGGGAUGGCGGCGAUUGCCUCGCCACCGAAGUCCUUUUUCCUGUGUACAGACACCUCGUCAAUCAACUGGGAACAGAAAUCGCGGACUCGUGCAAUCCCUUCAAUGCGCGCUUCUCAUGCGAUGCUGCUGACGCAUCCUCUUCGCGAACGCCCUCUUCACCGACGCGCAGGAACUGCGCCCGUCAGUUCAGCCGCCUCGCUGACGCACGGGGCUGCUGUCUCGCAACUCAACUGGAAGUACUUCGUGACCUCUUGGACGCCGAUACACGCAUUUUGAGGGCGACCGGGAAUCUGCUUUCUUCAGCCAGUGUAUCGAAACCUUUGUCAUCGUCGACUGUGGUGGGAGGAACGUUGAGAGAUCGAAGAGAAGCCCAGGAAGGCAGACGCCAGGAAGCAGAGUUCCCCCGCGUCCCGGCGCAACUGUGGAAAGGAGACACCUGGAUUCAAGUCGACCGGUCUUCCGCGUUUUUCGAGUUUGCAUGCAAGCGGCAACUCGACCGCACGUGUUCACGAGGUCUGAAUCGCUUUGCGUAUGCCGUGGACAUGAAGAUCACAAACAUCGACCUCGACACCGUGCUUCAUUCCUCGACGGCUUCCGCCUUCUCUCAGACCUCCUGUGUGGUCUCCGCUUCCAGCACGACAUCUUCUGCCUCGUCCUCUUUGGUCUCUGUCUCCUCGCCAUUUGCUUCGUCUGCACUUGCAGCUUCUCCUCCCUUUGCGUCCUCGCCAUUUUCUUCGUCUUCGCAUCUCGACGGCGAAGCGGAGCCGCACGAGCGCAGCUCCUCCGUUCGAGCCAGCAGCCUGCCUUUGUCCACGAUUCUGUCUCCCAUGCAUAGAGAACUGCUGAGGGUGUUGCGAGAAGAACUUGCUGCGCUGUUCGCGGUGCCUGUUGGGGACGUCGUAGAAAUGCGUCUGUGGAGAGGCAGCAUCGACGUCUCAGCUGUGGUCGACCCCGGUUGGCUGGCGAACACGGCACGAUUCAAGGAGCGUCUCCAAGAGCUGACAGAAGACCUCGACGCUCCCGCCUCCAUCAUCUCUCUCCUCUCCGCUACACUGACUCGCCACCUCUCUGCCGCUUCGCAUGCAUCGCCGCUGCUCGCCGUGCUGCCUACGUGGCCGGCGCAGCGUCUCCUCGCGGCCCUACCUGAGGACGAGACACAACCCAUCGCGCUCUCUCCGUCUCACACAAAGGUCUCCCAGAUCCCGUUUCAAACGACGUUGCCUUCAUCUCUCCCUGCGGCUUCUCGCCCUCUCUUCGGAACCUUCGGCGUCUCGGAGCUGCCUUUCGCCUCGCGGGCAUGCGUCGGCACUCAGGGCCUCCUGCCUCCCGAGGGGACCUCAGUCUACGACGCCUACAAAAUCUGGGCAAACUCGGGGAGAGGCGGCGUCGGAAACGAGCAUGGAAGCACCAUGGUGGUCGAGUGUAACACGGGUCACGAAGCGGUUGAAGGGGAAGCACCUCAGACGCUGGUCUGUAACCAGGGAAGGUGGGAGCCUUUGCCUCCUGCGUCUUCGAAUUCUGGCAACGCUGCUCAGCAUCGCAUUCUCAUGUGUCGACGGCCGUGUCAGCCCUAUGAGAAAAUCGAUCCCGCAGUCAUGCGCCCAGAGUUCAUCGUGAGUGGUUACGGCACCACCGACGGGGACACGAGAACUGUUCUCUGUGCGCCGGGGUACAGCCCCCGAGAUGUGGAGACCACAGGGGCGACAGAGACCAUUUCGUGCGUUAAUGGCGAGUGGAAACCGCUUCGCCGGCUUCUGUGUGAAAAAGAUUUCGCCGCGCUCUCUGGGAGCAGCAGCAGCCCCUGCAGCGGCGCCCUCUCUGGUCUCGAAGAGAGUUACCGUCUUACGGAGGUUCCGCUGGUUCCCGCAUCCAAUCCGGAUGUUUCUGCAGAUCUCGCGGCCGCAUUGAAAAUCCGCUUGCAGCCUCACGGCACGACUGUCCAAGUUUUUAAAGUCACCUGUGCGCGAGGAUACACCCACGCGCCUGUUCAGGGUGGAGGGAGUAGCGGAGUGUCUGAGGUAGCCGCGAGUCAGACGACUCGCAGUGGAGCUGGGAAAAACAAGGCGGAAGUGUUUCUGGCAUGCUUAGAUGGAGGCAUCGUCGGGUUAGGAAGCGACGAGUUGUUUCCUCUCGGUGGAUCUGCAGAGGGGCACAGAGCCGAGGCGUUGGCCGAGAAUUUCACGGAGCGGCUCAGGAAAGCGACUCCGGUGAACGUCCCGUCGCGAUCGCACGUGAUGGGGAUGGGAACCGUACAAGAGGACGCACUGUAUGUACAGCAGAGCAUGUCACGGGAAAGGCCGUCGGUUUCUUCGGCGCUUGCGGUUUCUGGUUCGGAAGAAGCGAGCGACAUCCAGAAGAGCCUGGUGUGUCUCCGGGACAUUCGGCUGGAUCCGCCGGUGGGUGCAAAGCCCAUAAGUGACACGGCGAUGGUUUUUCUCUGUCUGCUUAUUCUGUUCGUCCUCGUGGUGGCACUGAUUGCGGGGUGGUGGAUGAAGAAUUCUCGGAAGAAGCGAAAGGCCGGGAAGCUCGCUGGAAGCGAAGCCGGAAAGAACGGCGACCCUCAAGGCGACCCGGACGAAGGGGAAUCGAAGCGAAAAAAUUUGGAUUUCAAGCGCCGAACAACUGGAGAAACAGUUAUGAUGGAUGGGACCGUGAUGUUUUCUGGUGCGGGUGUUGAGCAGCUUCUGACGAAUUAUCUUUUGGGCACUGGAGGCACGAAACUUCCGGCGGAUGACUCGUCGGGCAGAAGCCGUGACAGCGUAGCUCCGGGGGCAGUCAUACUCGGGCGCCUCAAAGAAGACGAUUUGCUUGCGGCGCAAAUGUACAUUGACCAAGCGCAUGCAGAAACGUCGCCUUCUUUCGCGAAGCCAUCUGAACUCCUCACACCGGCCACCGCGGCUAUGGUGCUCGGCACCAGUGAAGCUCAGCAAGCACUUUUGUUGCUUCAGCAGCAAAAGUCAAGAGGCCACGUGACGGGGAGGGCACGGGGGACCACUAGAGACGGGGAGCUGCUUGUCGAGAAACUCAGGGAGUUGCGCAGACACCCGGGGGGUCGUGAGGUGAUGGGCGAAGGCGCCGAAAGGCGAGCAGGUCACGACGGGACAAUGGCCUACUCUAUGUCGCCAAUUUACCUCAAAGGCCUGCCAGGAGACAGCGGAUCUGUGCAAGACGUCCGGGAGCAAAGUGUUGUGGAAGACGCGUCGCAGUCCACAGUGGCUUCCGGCAUACCCCACUCUACAACGCGUGGAAACCACCACCAGCAGCUACACAUCCUUUUCGAACCAGGGAGAAAUCCUUUCGGACUGCGAAUGGACGAGGACGAAGAGGGAAGUGAACAGGUUCCUUUGGAUCAGGAUGGGACAGACAUGCCUUCGGGUCAUGGCUUUGGCGCAAUAGGUGCGUUUCCCUCUUCUGGGGAUCCGCGGCAGCAUGACUUCAGUCAGACGAUCCCGCAACAGCAAAACAACAACACGCUUCGAUAUCUCCGUCAAUAUGAACAGGCGCUCGUGCAAGGAAGAUAUUUGGGUGCCUGGCCGACGGAUAGGGACGAGAAAGGUGUCAAAGCGCAAGUUGGGGAGAUUCUCGAUGUUGAUACUCGCGCCUUCGGAACCGGCUCGCCUUCUCUCUCGUCUCGCCAUGCUUCCUUGGACGCGAGGUCGAAAGAUUGUGCAUACCAGCAACCCAGACACCCGGACAGUCACCACGUUUCGGGCAUGUCGCAAGAACUCUAUACGGGGGAAACACAAGCGACAAGUGAAGGAGACGGCGAAAGCGGCUGCGGGAUGAGUGACGACAGGGGAAGAAAUGUGAGUUACGGGAUUCCUGAGUGGGAGAGUGGCGCAGAGUGCAGACACCUCGAUACCCGGGGGGUGAACCAGAGCAGGAUGCGAAGCUCAAGCGGCCCACAUGGUUUUGCUGCAAUAUCACGGCCAACAUCAGUGACAGGACGACGCCACAGCGUGCACCUCCACCAUCCAGAUCUGAAGACGAACUCUAGUAGUGCAGAAAGUAGCAUCCAGGAGCUUCACGCUUCCAGAUAUGCGGGCGUUUCUCAAAGCUCCGCAGUCCAUCCGCAGCAGCAAAUGGUAUUUUCGUCUCAGUCCGACGACGAGUUAUAUCCUGAUGAUUCGGCGAGUUGUGUGGGCCUGCAUGGCUACAGACUGGGACGAGGCCUGGCACCUAUGCUGCUCAUGGAACGUCAGAAACCUAUUGCAGAACAUGGAGCUAGAAGCGAACCUUCGAACUCCCCCAGCAUUUUGAAUAAAAAUCAGCGAUUUGAUCAUAAAGACGACGCGUUCCUCCGACAAACGUUCCCUCUCACAACGAAUCCCAGCUGGACCAGCUCCGCAGCAAGUCAAGGCGGAGGCAAAUAAACCGAAACGGCGGAACGGAAAAAUGUUUGAGGGUUCAACGAGAACAGAGAGUGGUUCUGCGUGUUUGGUUGGGGUGAAGAGGACACAGGAUUGGCCAGAUGAAUAAGCAGGACGCUGGGGAGAGGGAAUCGCAGUGGAGUGUGUACAUUCGAAAUGAACUGGUUUUUCCAACCUGCUGGAUGCUUUGAACAAGCGGUGAAGGACGGCGACAAUCAACGGAGAAACUACCGCUUCCACCUCCCUUUCAAGGAGAUGCAGGCGCCCGAAACAUUACCAUGUUUUUCAGAAGAAGUAACAGAAAAGAGCAAACGUCCCCAGUAGUUGACCACACUACUCGAGCAAAAUUGGCUAACGCUGGUGCUGUGCCCUCUGUGUGUAUGAACGCGUACACAGUAUUCACGCGAAUGCCUACACUUAUAUAUACUGCGCGGGUGAAUUCUUGUUAUAUUAUUGUAAGUUUCUCCAAAAGACCUUAUCCGCGUCUGGCAUAGAACUGUGUGGUGUUUCGGAAUGGAUCCAACGAGAUUUCGCUGUGUGUACUGGCGUACACCAGGGUAAACGCCAGUGACAUGUAGUUUUCGAGUAUCGGUGCAACUCUGUCAACUGAUGUGCUGGUGGAGCGACGUCUUCAGCGACUCGACUACCGGAAUCGGUAUCACUUA